CAAAACAUUGAAUGAAAACGCUACCGCUUUAAUUUCUAACCUAAAAUUUUUUAUGUUUAUAUAUAAUCAGUUCUUUAGUAUAUAUUGUAUUAUUUAUGGUUGAAUUAAGUUAACCUAACUGAAGUUGUCUGUUUAUUUCAUUUGAGAUGCCUGAGUACACGAAUAAAUCAGUCGAUCUUAUAUUUAGUGAAGAGGACCUGCCUUAUGAGGAAGAAAUUCUAAGAAAUCCUUUUUCUGUUAAGCAUUGGUUGAGGUAUAUUGAACAUAAGAAAGAUGGAACGAAAAAUGCUGUGAACAUUAUAUACGAGAGGGCUCUUAAAGAGCUACCUGGGAGCUACAAGCUGUGGUACAAUUAUCUGAAGCUGAGAAGAAGACAGGUGAAAGGACGUUGCAUAAUUGAUCCAUCAUUCGAAGAUGUAAACAAUGCAUUUGAAAGAUCUUUGGUGUUCAUGCAUAAGAUGCCACGCAUAUGGCUAGACUACUGCCAGUUCUUAACGGAUCAGUGUCGUAUCACACGCACGCGGCAAGUGUUCGACCGUGCACUGAGAGCCCUGCCUAUCACACAGCACCACCGUAUCUGGCCACUAUAUCUCUCUUUCCUCAAGAAACAUGAGAUCCACGAGACAGCAGUCCGGGUGUUCCGCCGAUACCUCAAGCUGUGCCCAGAAGAUACAGAAGACUACAUCGAGUAUUUGACUGCUAUCGGUAGACUGGACGAGGCUGCUGUGAAGCUGGCCCAUAUAGUCAACAAGGAGGACUUUGUGUCUAAACAUGGGAAGUCGAACCAUCAGUUGUGGAAUGAACUCUGUGAACUCAUAUCAAAGAAUCCUGAUAAAGUGAGAUCCUUGAACGUAGAUGCCAUUAUAAGAGGCGGCCUGAGAAGGUAUACUGACCAGUUGGGGCAUCUGUGGAAUUCACUUGCCGAUUACUAUGUCCGAAGUGGCCUCUUUGAACGGGCGAGAGACAUAUAUGAGGAGGCAAUCCAAACUGUGACAACAGUGAGAGACUUCACACAGGUAUUUGAUGCAUAUGCGCAGUUUGAGGAGCUCAGUCUUGGAAAGGUGAUGGAGGAAACUGCAAGCAAACUCAACCCCACAGAGGAAGAUGACGUAGAGCUGGAGCUGCGGCUAGCAAGGUUUGAACAUCUUAUCGAACGCAGAUUGCUGCUGCUCAACUCUGUGCUGCUGAGACAAAACCCUCACAAUGUCCACGAAUGGCUCAAGCGAGUCAAACUCUACGAGGGGAAACCGCAUGAUAUAAUCAACACGUACACAGAAGCGGUGCAGACUGUGGAGCCUAAGCUGGCUGUUGGCAAGCCUCACACAUUGUGGGUGUCGUUUGCCAAGUUCUACGAGGAAAACGGGCAGAUAGAGGAUGCUCGGGUGGUCAUGGAGAAGGCCACUCUGGUUCCUUAUGUCAAGGUAGAUGACCUCGCCUCUGUUUGGUGUGAGUGGGGCGAGAUGGAGAUACGGCAUGAGAACUAUGAUGGUGCUCUGAAACUGCUACAGAGGGCUACCGUAAUGCCGGCGCGUAAAGUGGCCUAUCAUGAUGAGACAGAGACUGUACAGAUGAGGGUUUACAAGUCACUUAAGCUCUGGUCCAUGUACGCUGACUUGGAGGAGAGUUUUGGCACGUUCAAGUCUUGUAAGUCUGUGUACGACAGAAUCAUUGACCUGAAAAUUGCUACUCCUCAGAUCAUCAUCAACUAUGGACUUUUCCUGGAGGAACAUAAUUACUUUGAAGAAGCAUUCAGGGCAUAUGAAAAAGGAAUUGCUCUCUUCAAGUGGCCUAACGUCUAUGACAUAUGGAACACCUAUCUUACCAAGUUCCUGAAUCGCUACGGUGGCACCAAACUGGAAAGGGCGAGAGAUUUAUUCGAACAGUGUGUAGAAAACUGCCCUCCGAAGUUUGCUAAAGCUCUCUACCUGCUCUACGCAAAACUGGAGGAAGAUCAUGGUCUAGCCAGACAUGCCAUGGCAGUUUAUGAACGAGCAACUGCAGCUGUUCUACCAGAAGAAAUGUUUGAGCUGUUCAAUAUAUACAUAAAGAAAGCAGCAGAGAUCUACGGGGUGCCACAGACUCGACAGAUUUAUGAGAAGGCAAUAGAUGUGCUGCAAGAGGACAACUGCAGAGAAAUGUGUCUACGCUUUGCUGAAAUGGAAACGAAACUGGGUGAAAUCGACCGAGCGAGAGCGAUCUAUGCACACUGCAGUCAGAUCUGUGAUCCAAGGGUAUGCAGAUAAUACAGUAGUUUCUGGCAGACUUGGAAAGAGUUCGAGGUCCGCCAUGGAAACGAGGACACGAUGAGAGAAAUGUUGAGGAUAAAACGUAGUGUGCAAGCGACGUACAACACACAGGUGAACAUGAUGUCGGCCCAGAUGUUGUCUGCUGCUAGUAACGUGUCAGGCACUGUAGCGGACCUGGCUCCAGGAGCCAAGGAUGGCAUGCGGAUGCUUGAGGCUAAGGCGGCGGAAAUGGCAUUUGAAGAAAGAUCAGUGCCGCAGGUGAAAGGAGGAAACAUCCUGUUUGUCCGAGGGGAGACUCAGGGGCAGGAGAGAGACGGCACGGACACCACUAGAGUUGUUAACCCUGAUGAGAUCAAUAUUGACGAGGAUGAUGAAGAUGUCAAUGACUCAUCUGAAGAUGAAGAUGAAGAAAUGCCGGUCCAGAAACAAAUCAUUCCAUCUGAAGUAUUUGGUGGCUUGAAAAAGGACGAUGAAGAUGAAUCACCCUAAAUAAGAAGUUUUUAUAAUUUUAUAAAUAAAUAUGUAUAUAGCCUAGUA